GAGCAUCAUUAGCUUGUUGCUGUUUUUACCGUCGUUUUCAGAAAUGGUCGUCACAACAAAGAAGAAGAAGAAGAAGAAGAAGCUUCCUCUGUUGUUCAUUCCCAACGGACCUCUCCAACAAAAAGUCUCCUCCGUUAGGGUUCAUCGCUCGUGGAUUCUCCAUUCCAAGCAGCUGAAUGCUAAAGUUGGGGUUUCCUUGAUUUGAUACGGAAAUGCAUAAUUCCAAUCAGGACACGCAAGAUCUGAGGAUUAAUUCAGGCAUGGAUGAUUCUCCUGGGAUUACCAUUGAAUUUCUCCGGGCACGUCUACUGUCUGAAAGGUCUGUCUCUAGAAGCGCAAGACAAAGAGCUGAUGAGCUGGAAAAAAUGGUAGAAGAACUGGAGGAACAGCUUAAAAUUGUUUCUCUUCAAAGAAAAAUGGCUGAGAAAGCCACAGCAGAUGUUCUUGCCAUUUUGGAGAACCAGGGGGCAAGUGACAUUUCUGAGGAAUUUGAUUCAAGCUCUGAUCAUGAAACCUUCCAAGAAUCCAAAAUGGGUAAUAAGUCGAGAAAGGAAGAGGAGAAUUUUUUAAUUUCGGAGAGAAGAAAUGAGCACGAGGAAUAUUCAGGUUCCGACCUGGAUUCUUCUUCGAUACCUGGUAGAAACUUGUCUUGGAAAGGCCGCAUUGAUUCUCCGCGUUCUCGUGAAAAGUAUAAGGAACCAUCCAUCAGAAGACGUAGUACUUUUUCAGCCGUUGGUUCAUCUUCUUCAAGACAUAACCUUGGAAAAUCUUGUCGCCAAAUUAAACACCGAGAAACAAGGUCAGUAGUUGAACGCUCCAAGGAUGAACCAGCAAAGUUUGAUGAUUCUGAAGAAAAUGGAGUUGCUGCUUCUUCUGAAGGUCUUUCAAAUUUCUCAUACUGUGACCCUGAGAGAUUAAGAGAUGGCCCUGAAUCCCAAAAAGAGAAAUUUUUGUCGAAGGACGCACUCACAAGGAGUAAAGAACAUCAAAGGAAUGGUGACCCUAACUUCAAUGGGCAUGGGAGAAACAAGGACAUGGAAAGAGCACUAGAACAUCAGGCACAACUUAUUGGCCAAAAUGAAGAGAUGGAAAUGGCUCAAAGAGAGUGGGAAGAGAAGUUCAGAGAAAAUAACACCAGUACACCGGAUUCAUGUGACCCUGGGAACCAUUCAGAUAUCACUGAGGAAAGAGAUGAGAUGAAGACUCCAUUCCCUGCUGAGAUUAAUGCCUCCGAAGCCCAGGAGGCAAAGUCAGAGGCAAGAGAUUCUUGCCUGUUUGAGGAAAAGAUGAAAACACAGCUGAAUGGUUAUCUACCACCUUCGGAUGUAGAGAUGGGAGGCAUGCAGGAUCAAAUGAAUAGAAGCAGUGUUGCUUCUGCUUCACCAAUUCAAGAAUUUGCAUUCCCGACGGCAUAUGAAAGGCAAACUCAAGAGAGCCUAGAAAACAAUGCUCAUCAACCUUCACCUGGCUCCCAUCAUGACCCACUUUUGCUUGAAUCAUCCCACAACAGGUCAUCAGUUGUCUCGUCGGAUGGAGGCAGUAGUUUCCAUAAUGCUUCAGGGAGCAGAAAUGACCUGUAUGCAUUGGUGCCUCAUGACUCACAGGAACGGCUGGGUGGUGUACUGGAUGCACUUAAACAAGCAAAGCUAUCACUACAGCAAAAAAUUAUUAGAUUGCCUCUAGUAGAUGAUACAUCUGUUCAGGAAUCUAUUGAACCGCCCAUUCCUGCUGUAACAACUGGAAACAGAUUGGAUAUUCCUGUUGGGUGUGCUGGGCUUUUCAGAUUACCAACUGACUUUGCAGUUGAAGAAGCUGCGACUAAACAUAGCUACCUUGGUUUGGGAUCGUCCUUACCAUCUGCAAGAUAUUGUCCUGAUAAGGGGCUGGCAGCUUCUUCCACCGAUCAAUUUGUCACAAGCACUUAUGUGGAGACUAGACCACCCUAUCAUGUUGGUGAUCGAUUUGUUGCCAGCCCUUAUGUGGAGAAUAGACGAACAGUUUCUACUGGUGCUGGGGAUCUAGUUGUUGCCAAUCCUUAUGCGGAGACUAGAAGAUCUUUCUCUUCUAAUGUUGCAGGUCAAUUCGUCACCAGUCCCAGUAUUGAGGCUAGACCACCUUUUUCCAACAAUUUUGGUGAUAGAUUCGUUCAACGCCAUUAUGUUGAGAGUAGACCAACCUUUUCUACCAAUGCUGGUGAUCAAUAUGUCACAAGUCCUUACCUUGAGAUCAGACAACCUUUUUGUUCUGAUGCUGCCGGUCGAUUUGUCACCAACAGAAAAAUUGAGACUAGACCAAACUUUCCUGUGAAUGUUGCUGAUCAGUUUGUUACUAGCGCAUCUGGUGAGACCAGAUCAAGUUUUUCUGCUGAUAAUAGAUUUCAUGGUGGUCACUAUGCAGAAUCUUGGUCAAGAGUUUCUACGCCAAUUCCACAUUUUGAUCCCUACUUAGAUAUGAGCCAACCGUCAUCCAGAUAUACCAGUCCCCCCACCUAUCAGAACUAUCCUCCUUUUCCAGAUCCGAUGCUCUGGACCUCUGAUGAAGUAGUAGCAAGACCCUUUCCACAAAGGCCUGCUGGGUUACCCACAGAUCAGUUGUCAUCGUAUGAUGAUCCUGGUAGACCUAAUAUGUACAGAUAAUCGGAGUCUGUUAGUUAAUUACAGUGAACAUUAGCAGUGAGUAGUAGUUUGCUAGAUAGUUUUGAACUCCAGGACCUGGAUAUUUUCUUUCCGACGUUUCAUCUUUUUUGCUCUUUUUUCCCUCUUCCUUGUAUUUUCUGUAUUUAUUAAAAGAGAUUGAGGUUGUACACACAUCCAACACCCCAAUUAGUGCUCCUAAUUGGCUUCUGUCUCACCUUAAUUUUCAUGUUUCAUUCAAACAGUUCUCUCAUUUUCAGUACAUGUACACAUUC